GGUUCAGCAACUAGAGGAGGAAAAUUGUGAACUCAAAACCACUGUCCUUCGACUGAAAUCGCAAACUGAGAAACUGGACGAGGAGAGGCAGCGAAUGUCUGACAGAUUAGAAGAUACCAGUCUGAGGCUGAAGGAUGAAAUGGAUUUGUAUAAAAGGAUGAUGGACAAAUUGAGGCAGAACAGGCUGGAAUUUAACAAGGAGAGAGAAGCUACUCAGGAGCUCAUUGAAGAUCUGAGAAAGGAAUUGGAACACCUUCAGUUGUAUAAACUUGAGUGUGAGCGGCCCGGUCGAGGAAGAAGCUCUUCCAGCUUGAGUGAAUUCAAUGCCAAGGCGAGAGAAGUAGAAAUGGAACAUGAAAUUAAACGUCUGAAACAGGAGAAUCAGAAGCUCCAUGACCAGAACGACGACCUCAAUGGGCAGAUCCUUAGCCUCAGCCUUUAUGAAGCUAAGAACCUUUUUGCAACGCAGACAAAAGCCCAAUCGCUGGCAGCUGAAAUUGACUCUGCCUCCAGGGAUGAGCUCAUGGAAGCCCUUAAAGAACAGGAGGAGAUCAACUACAGAUUGCGCCAGUAUAUGGACAAGAUCAUCCUGGCCAUCCUAGACCACAAUCCAUCCAUCCUGGAAAUAAAAAAUUGAAGAUCGGGGCAGGAAGGGAGGUGGGCAGAUAGGAUGUCUUUGGAUCCAAGUAUCACUAUUUGCUACUGUACAUGAACUUAUAAAUAUAUACAUAUAUAUAACUCUCUCAAUAUAUACACACACACACAUGCAUGUGCGCGCAUGCGCGCGCACACACACACAAUAUAUAUAUAUAAAUAGAAAAAAACUUGUGUGGCUACACAGGGCGUGUUUAUAUGAGGUUUGGUAUAUUUUGUGAAUCAUAAUUUGCAUUGGUCCAUUUUUCAUGCACUUUCUCUGGGGGGAUGCUAGGGAUUAUAAUGAAAUAACCACAUAACUGGAUUUGCACUGUUUUAGAUACUGGACAGAAAAAAAAUGAUACUACCUCUAGAUGAAAAGAUAAAACACGAUGGAAACUAACUUGUGCCAGUCCUUUUCCUACCCCACAAACAAUGCUGACUUUUUAUGUCUUAUGAAUAGCCUUCCUGUCAUCUUCUCAGAAAUGUCGUAUUAUCAGGUUGAAUUCUCACUGGUGCUGGCUGUGUUGUUUUAACUUUUGCCUGAGUUAUGCUUCUGGAGUCCUCUCCUUGGAACAGAAUGUAUGUAUGAUACAAACCGGGUAUUCCAGGAAAUUAUGAGUUUCUGUUUGAACCUGGACUGUUUUCAUCAGAAAGCAGUUUCUAAAUCUUGAACCCAAGUAGCUAUGAAUCCUUUGGGAUGGUGACCAGUGUGUUGUAUUCCAUGGGCAUCCAGGGUGCCCAAGAAAACAGUGGAUCAGGGGGUUCAGUGUUCUCUUGAACUUCAGCUACCAGACUAUUUCUGAGGUACAUUUUUAGACUUUGGGUUUUAUCACAAGGUCACCAAGGACCUAGUGGUGGGAGAACAAUAACUGCCCCAGGGUGCUUUUGGGCUACAAAACAUUCACAGCACUGUUUCAGCUCAGCAACAACAGCAUUAAAAAGGGGUGGUUGCAGAGAGCUUUUGGCUCUCCACUAAGGGUUUGUUCACUGUUCACUGAUAAGAACCCCGUUCUGCCACCAUAACAAAUAGAAAUCAAAGAUUUUUAAAUCAUUUCAUUUUACAUUGCUUCAUGUCAGCAUUGACAAAGCAUCCUCUGCUAAUAAAGCAGUUAAGAAGUGGAGAAGGGUUUUUGAGACCUGUGGGUGAAACUGAUCCUGUUCUUACUGACGGGCAACACUUUACAUGGUUCUCUUACAGUUCAAGGGAAAAGGUGCUUGUUUAUACAUACUAAUAUUAUUUGAUGCAAUUCUGGAGUUAACUUUUUGAUGAGUCACUGAAAACUUCUGCCUAAUUCACUGGGGGUGAUAGGUGUGGAAAAGCCAGAAAUGACUGUCCACCAGCCACGCAGCUCCCUGCAGUUAUAGGAGAAUGCCACUUCACUUUGUGCCACCAAUAAUAUUCUCAGAUUCAUUCAGGCUCUUCAUGUCUCUUGCCCCUGCUGCCAUCACUGUCACCAUCACCACCUCCUGCUUUCUUUUUCUUUUCAACUUUGGUUCUGUAACAUAAGCACGCAUUUGUUUUCAGAGCAAAUCCUCAUGAGGGCAUCACCACCCAUGUACAUCACCACCCAGGCACGCUCUAGGCAAAUCUGUAAAGUUAAGUGACGGCUUGUGUGGGGACCAUGGAGAAAAUAAAUUUUAUCUUUUCAGUUACAGGUUUCUCCAUUCCUGCAUGGGAUGUGUUCUGGUGAAAAAAUAGCAUAAAAGCCUAUAUGUGCAUUGCAUGCAACAAUUCAGGCGCAUAGGCAUGUGCAGUCAAAUAGGCAUACAUGAGAGGAAGAGUAUGUUAUUAUAUAAUGACCUCAUGGUCUUCCUACACCAAAGGCAGGCAACAAGAUAUCCUCCCUGGAUACUUGCAUUACAGUUCCCAUGAGCCCUGAUCAGUGUAGGUGGUGGCCAAGUAUGAUGUGAUCUGUAGUCUAAAAUACCUGGAAGGCCCCAGGUUGCUUUUCCCAUCACACAUGAAAGGGAACUGCAUGCUCUGUAUAAUAGUUAAAAUACUAUAUUGGUUCUAUGUAUUGUUUUCUUCUGUAAGCACAUUUCCAGUUUCAAAUGAAGAUGUCUUUUUUUCCUUGCAGUGUCCUGAGUAAAGUUUGCAAAAUUACUUUUAAAGCUAGGUAGGGUCUCUUCAAAAAAUAAAUCUAAAGAUUGAAUCUGAUGUUACUUUAUCAGUUUAAGCUUCUAAGCAUUGAAACCCCGUUUCCAAAUUGUGUAUCAUGAUUGUAUACAAAUCAUAAAAUUAUGUUGUGCUUUAGCAUUUCACAUUCAAACAAGUGUUACAUUUCUGCACAAGUAUGUAUCUUAUUGGGAAAAACUGUGAUUGGGGGGAAAAUAGCCUUGUGUUUAUUGGUUGUGUUUUCCAGUUGGAAGAAAUCAAUAGUAAGAGGGCUAAUAGUUAAUACAAGAUGAUACUUGCUAGUGUCAGCUUUUGACCUUCUGCAUUUGAUGGGAAUGAGACUGAAUCCAUUGUAUCAAUACCUUCUUUUUAGGUGGUCAAGUCAUGAUCAAAUAAAGUACAAUCCUGGAUUCCUUUCCCUUGCAUGGGCUGGAAGGAAUCCUGCUGCCUGAAUAAACAGCAUCCCCCCCUUUCUAUAAUAUCCACUACAGCAGUGCUUUCUAUGCUUGGUGUGUGUGUGUGUUACUUUAUGUAGUACAUCUCUCUCUUUGGAGAGUUUAUUUUUUUACAGGUUGCCUUUCAAGAAUAGGGUUAGGCUGCUAACUCAAGCUUGCUUUUGUUUUACCCUGCUGAUACUUUAAUGCUGUGAGUUGCUGAUUUCAUCAGUAGAGGUAGACAGGUCAGGAAGCAAAAUUUAUCUGAAAGUUCUUGAAAACUGAAAGAACUGGGCAUGUCGAGUUUGGAGAAGAUUGAGGGGAAGAUGUUCAAAGUCUGACAGAGAGAAAAAAAAUCUCUUUGGGAGUUGGGAGGAGGUGAAGCAGUGAAUGGGGAGAAACUGAAGGAAGGGUUUUAUAUGAAACAAGGGAGUAAUUCUGACUGAGCAGAGUGAGGUGGCUUGCAAGAGAUGGCAGAAAGGCUGUCUUGCUUGCAGAUAGUUAAAUUAGUUUGGAUCAGCAAGCAUUGAGGGAGAGAAACCUUCCCAGUGUGGUGCCUCUUAGAUAGGUGUUACAUCUCUCAGUUGCUGUCAUCCAGUACUCCCAGAAGGCACCAACUUGAGAAAGGCUGGGUUAGAUUACCUGAUUCCCUUACACAAGUCAGUGGACUGUAUUAAAUUAAUAUUUUGCUUUCCUACCAAACCUCAACCCACAAAUUUUAUUCGUGGUUGUCUUUAAAUGAGCCUUUGUGUGCAUAGAUGCCAGUUGCUUUCAUCUUUGUUGAUAGAUGAUCCAUAGAAAUGUGAGUAAUGUUUUGAUGAUGUUUCUAGGGGCCAACAAUUUCUUUAGCCAACUGUCUCUUUGUAUUAUAUGACUGCCUUUGCUGUAGCACAAUUUGAAAGAAAUGAAUGCAGAUACCUGAGGCCAGCUUGUCAGCACAGCUUAUUUAGAAUUCAUAUUUUUGGACGUGAGUUUCCCCAAAUGCUACAGUUUCCAAGCAUGAAUUUAGAUUGGGAGUUGUUGAAAGGUUAGUCAAGUCAUCCAAUGAACAUUUUUGGCCAGCAGUCAAAAUUGCAUUAUAAUGCAGUAAUAAGGGAAAAAAGGAGGGGCAAUAACAAAUUCAAAGAGGAAAACAAUUCAUUUACAAGUGAAUGUGCUGAGAAGUUUUGAGACAGGUUCAUUGACAUGCCUCUGAGCAAAGACUGCUAGAGUUGGGUUUCUUUAGCAGUGGAAGCAGAAGGGGGUAGACUGUUGUGUAAUGUUGAGACUAUAACUGACGGGCAUCUAGCUGGGAGAAAGUCUAUUUCUGAGUAGGCAUGGAUACAUUUGUGCUAUACAACAAGGAUUGCCAUGUAGAAUAUGAAAAAAGAUUGUUGCUACUUAAAAUUAGGUUUAAGCUGUAGGCAUAAAACUUGUUUGUUAGGAGAAGUAUCCUAGUUUUAAGGGCGAAAGUUGUCAGUGAGCUGUAGGAUCUUUGUCACUGGAAGUUAAAAAAGAAAAAAAAAGAUUUCAGCUGCUGAGAAUUCUUGAAGUCCACAUGUCUUAGAAGCAACCCAGUAUGGGGAAGAUUGUGUUAUGUUAUGCUUCAAACAUUAUCCCUCAUUCUGCACUAGAAAGAAUGCAAGGUUUUAUUUGCAGUGGUUCCUUAAGUAAAUUUCUGAUGCUGUCUGAAUGGCAGAAUAAUUUUUCAGCUCAUGUAGAUCACCAGUGCAAAGUGCAUUUUGUAAAGAGGUCUUCAUUCUGGCUGUCAGCAUAAUCCGUGUGCAAACCUAAAUAUGAGAUGCUGUUAAAUGGGUAAGAGUAACUUUUAGAAAAUGGGAUUUGCUACUGGGAAUCUACCAGUAGUUUCUUUUUCUCAACAUCAUAAUUUCUCAUCACACUGUCAGAACCCUUUUGUACUUGCUUGGAUUAAAAUAAAUCAGUGUAUGCUUGAGCCAGGAUUUUUUGUAUGUUUAUGCAAUGGCAUCCAGAAUGGAGCAAGGCACUGAUACAACAAUCACAAAAUUGUUGGAACAGAUAGUUUGCUUUCACCUGAUCCAGUGGCUUUAAUAGAACUUCAAAAUUCUGCUAAGGUCGAUGAACAGCUGGUUGAAACUGAGACACUUGUUCCCUUAUUGGCUCUCGUCCCUGCUCCUAGUUGUUGGAGCACCUUUGAUCCUUAGGUUUGGAUUCUGUGAAAGCAGAAAAGAAUGGCUGCAUCUCUAAAUGGUAAAAAGUGUUCACUGAUAUUACAGCAAUAACUUUUGAAACUUUUAUUAGGAUUUAAGACAUCCUGACCACCCUGGAUCUUACACCAAAGUUGUAGAUUCGGUUUCCCAUUGAAAUAAUGAAUACAGUUGGCUAAUUAGACUGAAUGGAAGGGAUACUUUUGAACUGAUGUACUUGAACUCUGGAAUAUGGGAUGUUUAGCCACCUUUCCUGUGUGCAUCAUUUAAAACGGUCAAGAAUAUCAGGAAAGCAUUAUUCAUCUCAGCAACGAGGUACCUAUUUACAUGCAAACAAAUGAACUAGCAUUUUCCUAACCAGUAGUCUGUUGUAUGGCACAGGCUUGAAUCCAUCAAUGGAAACUAAAAUGUUAUCAAAAUGUUUAAUUUUAAGAAUUGAUCAGUCAAUUUGAAUACUAAAACUCAGAUUCUGAAUUUGGGCUUUCAAAUAACGAUAGAAGCCUUAGCAACCAAAAUCUGGCUUUUGAGUUUUGAGUUAUGGGAUAUGAAAAGAAAGGCGGCGGCGGCCAAAAUAAAGUAGUAUGCUAUAAAUCUGAGCUUUUUCUGGUGUUUUGGCUUAAAUAGCAUUGGUGGCUCUUACUCCUUGGGGACAAAGAAUCAGCUCAUAUCCGUUCCUCUUACUUCUGCAAUCCCAAAGCAAUGGUCAACUGCAACUGAGUUCUGUUUCUGGCAAGAACAGGAAGUGAGGCCCUUGUAGCUGCUCCUUCUCUGUCUGAUGAAUGGGGUCAAGUUGGCUUCCUUUUUGGUGUGAUUUUAUUCCUGGCAAGAAAGGAUGUAGCUUCCCUGGAAUCCCAGACUCCCCUUGUGGAUGGUAGGAAAAAUAAGAGUGCGCUUCCCUUCUGCUGUCUGAUCCUAGAGUUCAUUUUUUGGAAAAUUAAUCCAGUGGUAUCCUUGUGCUUCUGAAGUGGCAUGUCAACACCUCAGAAUUACAGAUACAGGCUCUUCAGAAUGCCCAUGCAGGUCCAUAAGUAUAAUCACAAGAUGAAAAGGUGGGAACACUUCAGCACUUCCAUUCUAAAGACUGGAGCUAUAAUUAUGCAAAGCAUCAGUCAGUCCUUUAGAUUUACCACUGCUCACCCCAACUUACGAAAUUAACAAACUGGUCUUUCAAGAUGAGCAGGGCAGAAAAAAUAGCUACUUUGAUCUGUAUGUUACAAGGCAGUACUUAUGUUCAAUUUCCAAUGUGUUCUGGUACUGAUAGAAAUUGAGAAUUACUGUAUUUUUUUAUUGUGGGAACCACUAGUUUCGCUUUAUUGCACAGAAUGUAGUUACGUGUAAGAAUUGGAUUAAAAAAAAAAUAUUUUGCAUGAUUUUAGUAUUUUUGUGCCUUCUACUUGACUGUGUACAGAAUUCAUGUUUCACUUUGAUCUGUUAUUGGCCACAGGUUUCAUAUGUUUGAAGUCUUUUUUAAAAUUUUGUUUAAACUUUAUUUUGCCAUCCCCACCCGAACAAUCUAUUGUAAAUGUGUAUAUAUGAAAUAGAACUAAGUUUGUAUUUCAUGUGCCUCACUAGAAUGUAAAAAAAAAAAAAAAGAUGUAUUCAUUUUGUACAGAAUGUUUUUCUUUUUCUUAGAUGCACUAAUUUUUGUCCUGAGCACUUAGUGAAAUAACUGGUUAGGUCUGUUUUCUUUUAGCAUUGCUGUGUUGAAUGGAAGGAAUUAUUAUCACUUGCCCUUUUGUAAAAUCUAAUUCACAUUCAUUCACUCUCACAUACACAAGCUAUGAUCCUUCCUGGUUUGUUGCAUUUAUUUAUAAUGAGUUGCAUCUCUUCUGUCCCGUUUUAGAGUUUAGAACAAAUUAAAUUGAUGGCUUAUCCUAACUAAAUAUGCUAUUUAUUUCAUUGUAAGAGGGAUUGUGCAGUUUCUUCACUUUGUAUCAAAUGAAGGGAAAUCUCCCUCACGUAAUUAUUGGGUUCCAAGCCCAUUCGCUCAGCUUCAGUUCCCUUCAUUUAUCUUACCAUUAGGGAAUAAUACUCUUGCCUUAACUUGUAAGAUUGCUGAGAUAAUAAACUAUGUUGAA